AUGCGUGCUGUGCGGCGCGGGCUAGCUGGUGGGGCUAUGGCAGCGGCGGGGGCCCUGUCAGAAGUGUCUCUGAGAGAAGCCACUCAACGAAAAUUGCGGAGGUUUUCAGAAUUGAGAGGGAAAUCUGUGGCAGCUGGAGAAUUCUGGGACAUAGUUGCAAUAACAGCAGCUGAUGAAAAACAAGAACUUGCUUAUAAGCAACAGCUGUCAGAAAAGCUGAAAAGAAAGGAGUUACCCCUUGGAGUUCAAUAUCAUGUGUUUGUUGAUCCUGCUGGAGCCAAAAUUGGAAAUGGAGGAUCAACACUUUGUGCCCUUCGAUGUUUGGAAAAGCUAUAUGGAGAUAAAUGGAAUUCUUUUACCAUUCUAUUAAUUCACUCUGGUGGCUACAGUCAACGCCUUCCCAAUGCAAGUGCUCUGGGGAAAAUUUUUACUGCUUUGCCUCUUGGUAACCCCAUUUAUCAAAUGUUGGAAUUAAAACUAGCCAUGUACAUUGAUUUCCCCUCACAUAUGAAUCCUGGGAUUCUGGUUACCUGUGCAGAUGAUAUUGAACUUUAUAGUAUUGGAAAAUCUGAGUUUAUAAGAUUUGACAAACCUGGCUUUACUGCUUUAGCUCAUCCUUCUAGUUUGACUGUAGGUACCACACAUGGAGUAUUUGUCUUAGAGCCUUUUGAUUAUUUAGAACAUAGAGACCUUGAAUAUGGGUCCUGCCAUCGUUUCCUUCAUAAGCCUAGCAUAGAAAAGAUGUACCAGCUCAAUGCUGUGUGUAGACCUGGGGGGUUUUGCCAGCAGGACUCUGCUGGGGGUGACAGUGCCUACUUGAAAUUAGGCUCUGAUUAUGUGUACACAGAUAGCCUGUUUUACAUGGAUCACAAAUCAGCAAAAAAAUUGCUCGCUUUUUAUGAAGAAAUAGGCACACUGAACUGUGAAAUAGAUGCCUAUGGGGACUUUCUUCAGGCUUUGGGACCUGGAGCAACUGUGGAAUACACCAGAAACACAUCAAAUGUUACUAAAGAAGAGUCAGAGUUGGUGGAUGUGAGACAGAGAAUCUUCCAUCUUCUUAAAGGUACCUCACUAAAUGUUGUUGUUCUUAACAACUCCAAAUUUUAUCACAUUGGGACCACUGAAGAGUAUUUGUUUCAUUUUACUUCAGAUAGUAGUUUAAAGUCAGAGCUGGACUUACAGUCUGUAACUUUUAGCAUCUUUCCAGACAUAUCAGAACAUUCUGGUAAAACCUGUAUCAUCCAAAGUAUACUGGAUUCAGGAUGUUCUCUGGCACCCGGCUCCGUUGUGGAAUACUCCAGAUUGGGACCUGAUGUUUCGGUUGGGGAAAACUGCAUUAUUAGUGGUUCUUGCAUCCCUGCAGAGGCUGUCCUGCCUGCACGUUCUUUUCUGUGUUCUUUAAGCUUGAAGAUGAACGGAUCCCUAAAAUAUUCAGCUAUGGCGUUUGGAGUGCAGGACGACUUGAAAAAGAGUGUUAAAACACUGUCAGAUAUAAAGUUACUUCAAUUCUUUGGAGUCUGUCUCCUGUCGUGCUUAGAUAUUUGGAAUCUUAAAGUUACAGAGAAACUGUUCUCAGGAAACAAGACACAUCUGAGUUUGUGGACGGCUCGCAUUUUCCCAGUUUGUUCUUCUUUGAGUGAUUCAGUUACAACAUCCUUAAAGAUGUUACACGCUAUUCAGAACAAGUCAACCUUCAGCCUGAAUAGUUAUAAGCUAUUGUCCAUUGAAGAAAUGCUUAUCUACAAAGAUAUAGAAGACAUGAUAACUUACAGGGAGCAAAUUUUUCUAGAAAUUAGUUUAAAUAAAAAGCAAUUUGAUUUAGAGAUGCCUUAAAUUUUAUAUACUUAUCUUUUCUUUG